AUGGAUGCCUCUAAUGUCUUCCGUCAAGUCCAAGGUUUUGGCGCCUAUACUCCGAGGCCGCCGAAUGGCUUACAGCAAAAUAAGAAGCCCGUGAAGGUCGAGGAUCACGGCGAUGGCGAAGCCUCGCACCGCAUUGCGCAUACUCUCACGGCCUGUUGCCGAUGUCGCCAGAGAAAAACGCGCUGCGAUCCUACGCUACCUCGCUGCCUGCCUUGCGAGCGGUCGGGGUCCACUUGCGAGUAUUUCGAUACGACGAAGGGUAAAAGGAUAAGUCGGUAUUAUGUCGUUAAACUUCAAGAAAAAGUUCGAGCACUCGAGGCCGAACUCGGUCAAUAUACCGACGAAGACGACUGCCCUAAAAACCACGAAGAUUUCAUUCGACCGGGGGGCCUCGUUCGCUUAAAUGAAACCGACGAGACACCACGAUAUCUCGGCCCCUCCAGCGGUAUUGCUAUGACGCGCAUACUUAUGGAGGAAGCAAAGCGCUACACAGAUACUAAGCGCAUUUCUGAUUUAAUUCCCGAUGUACGGGACCGGCGACAAACCGAUGCCCCCGGCACCACCUUUCCCGGCACGCGAUCACAGUCCUUCACCAUGCCGCCCCAAGUAUCAAGGAAGAAGAGUUACCCCAUAAUUAGCGGUGUUGCAGCGCAGAAUCUUCCAAGCAGAGCCAUCGCCGACAGAUUAUUGGAGGUCUUCUACCAACGAGCUCAAGUAUUCACUCCAACUUUCCACGAGAAGGCAUUAGAGAAGAUAUUUGACGAUGUUUAUGCGGGGAGCACAGAUGCGUACCAAAAUUUUGUCGCGCGCUUAGUUAUGGCGACUAGUAUGCAGAAACUUGACUCGACGUACGCCGGGCUUGCGGACAGCUACUAUCUUUCCGCUAUGAGACGUUUCGAAGACAUUGUCCGAUCGAAAGAUCUCAAAACUCUACAAUGCCUCGUCUUAAUAGGACAGUAUUCGUUGUUAACGCCUACCCGAACCGCCGUAUACUACAUCGUUGGCCUAGCCACGAGGAUCUGCCAGCAACUUGGGUUAGCUGAUGAGAAGACGAUUGCGCUAGGCGCCAACGAUCCGUUGACCCUGGAUAUGCGGCGGCGAUUAAGUUGGAUCGUCACCACAAUGGAACUUGGCUUGGCCUAUAGCAUGGGUCGUCCAAGCGGGUUCGCUAAAACUAAUGACAUAAACGAUGUCAGAUUCUUCGAAACGGUUAGUGAUGCAAAUAUCAGUGAGAAUGGAAUCAUCCCUGGACCUCCCGAUGAGAGGAAAUUGGUUUCUAUACACUUUUGUAAAAUGCGGCAGCACCAAGCCGAAAUCCGCCGGGUUUUGUAUGAAAGGAAACACCCGGAGCCGAAGGACAACCGCCAUCCAUGGUUCGCGGAUAUGGAAGCUAGGAUAGACCGAUGGCUUAAGGAAACUCCUGAUAAUCCCCCCUGGUGUAAGCCAUGGUUUUCGGGACGGUUUCACACAAUGAUGAUAGCCCUUCAUCGUCCCUCACCUCAAGUACCGAAGCCAUCCCUCCUCUCGGCUAAGAAAUGCUUCGACUCGGCUGCUUUUGUCAUCAAUAUUUCUAGCAAGCAGAUGAUGGCAGCUGCGGUUGAUAUUACUUGGAUAUUCAUACUGACUCUUUACAUGUCACUCAACACACUUUUAUGGGCUGUUACGCAUCCUGAAAUUCGAGCAUCACACUCACGUGAAGAGGUUCAGGAACUUGUUAAUAUCUCACUGGAUAUUAUUGAUCAAUGCGUUGAAAGGUGGCCGGGGACCGCCGCUGCGUCUCAGUUAUACUCGACUUUCACGAAAGCAUGUCUUCAAAGUUACGACUCAAACGAAACACCCAACCUCUCAAGCUCAAGCUCUUUCAACACUCCGUCCUCUCAAACCGAUACAAAUUCACCUUCUGCAUCCGAAAUUUCAAGCGCAACAACCAUGUCUGCUGGUGGCGUUUUCAAUCCACAAUUUGGCUACGUUUUCGGCUCUGGUCCAGAGGAGAUGAACGGUUAUAAGGUUGAGAAUUUCCCUCCACAGCCGACAUUCAGAUCCAAUUCUAUCUUCCUCAAUCCGGCCACUAGUGAUCAUACUGGGCGUCGUUUCAGCUAUUUCCCUCCCGACUUUACCCAAGCUGGAGACUUGGCACUUAUGGAAGAGAGCAGUCCUCCGGAUACUGAUACAACAGUGUCUCCACCGUUUUUAUCUCCCACACAGCAUCUACCAACAUCUCCAGAGUCGGUAACCGGAGGCAGUGCUACGACUCCAACCAUGGGAACCUCGAACCUUGCUACGCCGAUGCUCUCAACUGCAAGCCUAGCUCAAACCCCUUCUGAUAUAGCGACACCCAACUCAGUGCCCCCGUCACAACAGCAACGCCCACUUACGCAGCCCUUUACUAUCCCUCCUAUAUCCCAACAUUCGUCGCAGGGACAGCGACCUCUACCUCAAGUAACCACAGUCACAGACUGGUUCAAUCCUCCACCGCCUUUUAUCUCGCCGUAUUCAUUUGGCGGCGGAUUGGGUGGUAACUUCUGGAGCGACUCGUCCGGAGUAAACGGCAUGGCUGACGUUAACAUGAGUGAUAUGUCAUUCUCCAAUGGUCUUCCCCCGGAGCGGCAAGGAAGCUUAAGUCAGGAACAGCAGAUGGAACUAAUGGAUGUUCUAGAGAGCGAGGGUAUGACAGACAUCGACACAUAUCUAAACAUGAAUAUGGCCUAUCAAAAUUUCAUGGGCAACGACCAGGGGUUACAUUGGAAUGGGCAUGCAUAA